AUGAUCUCGAGAGCAAUCUUGGCGGCCUUCACGACCAUUGUUCUGGCCGUCAAUGGCCAGGCGCCUUCUAAUGGGACCACAGGUACCUCUCCUCUGUACAAGGAUCCGUCUGCCAGCGUCGAUGACCGGGUCGCCGACCUGCUGUCUCGGAUGACCAUCCAAGACAAGACUGCCCAGUUGCUUCAAGGAGACAUUACGAACUUCAUCAAUGACACUACCAAUGAGUUCAACUACACUGGUCUUGUUGACAACAUGGAGUGGGGAGCUGGUCAUAUCUGGACGGGGUAUCCAAUUCCUCAGCAAUGGAUAGCCGCUGCUGUGAAGCGAGCGCAAGAUUACCUGUUGGAAAACACAACUCUGGGAAUCCCAGCUAUAGCACAAAAUGAAGGAAUUCAUGGAGUCCCAUUCUUCAACGCGACCAUUUUCAACAGUCCAAUUGCCCAUGCCUGUUCGUUCAAUCCAGAGUUGAUUGAAGAGAUGGCCGAAACCAUUGCACAGGAGUCGCUUGCAUUGGGUAUCAACCAGAUCUUUGCGCCUGUAGUCGAUUUGGCCCGAGAGCUCCGUUUCGGCCGUGUGGAAGAGACAUAUGGUGAAGAUGGGUACCUCGCAGGUGAGCUGGGGUAUGCCUUUGUCAAGGGUCUGCAAGGCAAGAAUGUCAGCGCCAUGGUCAAACACUUUGCGGGAUUUAGCAGCCCAGAACAAGGUCUCAACACCGGGCCCGUCCACGGAGGCGAACGAGAGCUUAGGACGACCUGGUUGCCAUCAUUCAAGCGUGCUAUCAUUGAUGCUGGUGCUUGGAGCAUCAUGUCGGCAUACCACUCUUGGGAUGGUGUUCCGGCAGUUGCUGACCACCACACUUUAACAGACAUCCUGCGUGGCGAAUGGGGCUAUGAGUACUACGUCAUGUCAGACGCAGGAGGCACUGACAGACUCUGUACCGCUUUCAAGAUGUGCCAGUCCAGCCCUAUUGACUCGGAUGCAGUCACUAUGUAUGCUUUGCCAGCGGGCAACGACAUAGAAAUGGGAGGCGGCUCCUACAACUUCAAGAAGAUCCCUGAUUUGGUCGAGUCAGGGAAACUCGACAUCUCGGUCGUCGACGAAGCAGUGUCUAGAACACUCAGGACCAAAUUCACCAUGGGUCUCUUCGAGAACCCUUACCUGGCCGUUCCGGCCAACGAGACAGCAUCCUUGGUGCAUACGUCCAAGUCUCUGGCGCUUGCAAGGAAACUUGAUGCAGAGUCUAUCGUUCUGCUGGAAAACAAGGACAGUGUUUUGCCGCUCGACAAGUCUGCUAGUGUUGCUGUUAUUGGACCAAUGGCGGACUUUAUGAACUAUGGAGACUAUGUCGUCGAAGACUCAAUGUACCGCGGCGUAACUCCUUUUGCAGGCAUCAAAGCUGCAUCCAAGGGGAAGGUCACUUAUGCGCUUGGCACGGAGCGUUGGUCAAAUGAUCAAUCCGGCUUCCCGGAAGCUGUCGCAGCGGCUAAAGAUGCCGAUGUUGCGGUUGUAUUGGUUGGCACAUGGUCCCGCGACCAGACGUACCUGUGGCAAAACUAUAACGCGACCACUGGUGAACACGUCGAUGUUUCUUCUCUCAAGCUCGUGGGAGCGCAGGGUGCUCUGGUCAAAGCCAUUAUUGAUACCGGAAAGCCCACGGUAGUCGUUUUCCAGUCCGGAAAACCCGUCACUGAGCCCUGGAUCUCAAGAAACGCCUCCGCACUGGUGCAGCAAUUCUACCCCUCGGAGCAGAACGGAAAUGCUCUGGCAGAUGUGUUGUAUGGCGACCAUAAUCCAAGCGGCAAGCUUUCUGUUGGCAUCCCAUAUGAUGUCGGUACAACGCCAAUCUUCUAUGAUUACCUCAAUUCUGGCCGUAGUCUCGACAUUGGAAUGGAGUACGACAACGGUACACUCCAAUUCGGACACCAAUACGUCCUCAACUCGCCGUUGCCACUGUACGAGUUCGGAUACGGAAAGUCUUACACCACCUUUGCCUAUUCCAACGUCUCUCUAUCUUCAAACACUGCCACUGCCUCGGAUACGAUCACGGCUACUGUCAGCGUGACAAACAAUGGCACUCGCGAUGGACAAGAGGUCGUGCAGCUGUACGUUGCCGACCAGAUUGCCAGUGUGGCAGUACCAAACAAAGAGCUCAAAGGAUUCAAGAAAGUCAAUAUUCCGGCCGGUGAGACUGUGGAUGUCUCUAUCGACGUGAAGGUUGAGAACCUUGGGCUUUGGGAUCUCAGGAUGAAAUAUGUCGUUGAGCCUGGCGAUUUCACCAUCUUCAUGGGCACUUCGAGCGCUGACUUGACGAACAACGCUACUUUGACGGUGUCCUAG